CUUACUAUUUUCAACUAAAUUUAAACCUUGCCGACUAAAACUAAAACUAAAACCUAUCAAAAUAAUUUUCAAAAAUAUGGGUUUUGAGAUUGGGUAUGAUUUUAUACCCAAUCACAAAUCCUUUAUGAUUCAACAUUCUUACCAAACGUCGGCAUGGUAUUUUUUGGCAACCUUGCCGACUAAUAUUAGUCGUUAUCUUCCUAGAUUGAAUACUGUAACGACUUUUCAUUUCUGAAAUUAGCAUUUACAGGGUCGACACGGUAUUCAUCCUUAUACCUUGCCGACUAUAAUUUAGUUGGCAGGUUAUGUAAUUAACACCUUGCCGACUAAUCAUGUAUUUAUAACACCUUUCUUUGUAUGCCAAAAAUCCUAUAAUCGGCAGGGUAUUCUUUUGUCGACGUUGCCAACUAUAAGUUCGUCGGCAAAACCAACACUACAGGGGGUGUUGAAAACCAACACUACCGACAGCCUAACACCAAAUAGAAACAUGUUUAAUGGUGGUAAAAGCGAAGGGGAAUCACAUGAAUUACAAAUGUUUAACCUGUCCUGUUUAGCAAUUGCCACAAAUGCCUACUGCAUGGAAAAUAAAUUGGGAGAAGGGGGUUUUGGGCCAGUUUAUAAGGGCAAAUUAGAAAAUGGGCAGCAAAUUGCAGUGAAAAGACUUUCGAAAAGCUCUGGACAGGGUAUUGAAGAGUUCAAAAAUGAGGUUAUGUUGAUUCCCAAACUUCAGCACCGUAACCUUGUGAAGUUGCUCGGUUGCUGCAUAGAAGGAGAAGAGAACAUGUUAAUAUAUGAGUUCAUGCCCAACUCUUAA